AUGGCUGAGUUGGUUGGAACAUGGAAAUUUGUUGAAAGUUCUAAUAUGGAUGAAUUAUUUAGCGAAUUAGGAGCUCCGAAAGAUGUAUUUCAUGCUUCUUUGGAAUAUAAACCAACUUUGGUUAUUAGUUUGGGCGAUAAUGAAUUGCAUAUGAAAAUGAUUACGAACAAUACUGAAACGGAGCAGUCUUAUGAAUUAGGUAAAGAAGUUGAAGAAUUAACACUGGAUGGACGAAUUGUUUUGGCCUAUGUGACUGUUGAAUCAGACAAAAAAGUGGUUCACAUACAAACACAUGGCUUCUCGAAAACAGUCAUCACACGGGAAGUUUAUGAUGAUAUAUUGAUAACGACAAUAAAAAGUCAGAAUCAGACUGCAACAAUUAAAUAUCAACGCGUUUAAUUUGACUCAACAAAUACGGAUCAAACGACAUUGCGUAACUAAUACUGGAAAACUCCGUAAAGGCUCCCAUGUACAAUUGAUUCAAACUGUUUAUCAUUUGCAAGAGAAAUCUGUAAAAGCUUUAUUAACAUUUUUAGAAAUGUUUUUAUGUAUUUAUCGUGUAUUCCUAAUUAUAUGGUCUGAUGCAACACUC